GAUAUACUCAUUCGCAUGCCAGCUACGCCUGAUGCAACAAUUAUGUUUGUUCUUAUCAGUUGCGAGUUUUGUUCGUAUAAAUACUAGACAAUUUUUACGAAUUUUGUAAUUAUACUUAUCAUUUCGUGAUAAUAAAUCACACAUGUGAUGUUACGAACUGUUUUAAAACAUUUCCUCUGCUGAUUUUUUUUUCAAAGUUUAUAAAUUUUGAUUUCGUGUGUGCUUAUUUAAAAAAGUUGUCAACAUUGUUGUAUACUAAAACAUAACUAAAGAACUAAACUCGAUAAAAAUUCCCAUCGUUGAAGAAAACAUGAAAAAAGUAGCGAUUAUUGGAGCUGGAUUAUCGGGUCUUGCGGCCACCAAACGUGUCACCGAAUCUCCGGACAGUUUUGAAUGUUGCACUUUUGAAUUAUCUGAUAAUAUUGGAGGCACGUGGGUAUACACUGAUAAAACUGGUAAAGAUGAACACGGAAUACCAAUUCACUCGAGCAUGUAUCAAGGCUUAAGAACAAAUUUACCCAAAGAAGUUAUGGAAUUUCCGGAAUUUCCUCAUAAAAACUUCGAUAACAGAUCAUAUCUGACUGCAGCCGAAGUUCUGCGGUACGUGGAAGACUAUGCAGAAUAUUUCAAUCUAAAAAAAUACAUCAAGUUUCUACAUUAUGUAAAAAGUGUUGCACCAAUACAGAAUGGAAGAUGGGAAAUACAAGUCACUGACCUGCAACUUUCUAAAGACUGCACUUAUUACUUCGACAGUGUUAUGAUAUGCGUUGGCAACUACAGCAAUCCAGACAUUCCAAGCAUUCCAAACAUAGCGAAUUUCCAAGGAUUACAACUGCACAGUCACGAUUACAGAGAACCAUCCAGAUUUAAAAAUCAGACAGUAGUUGUGAUAGGGGCAGGAUCUUCCGGAAUGGAUAUUUCUUGUCAUGUCAGCAAUCAUGCAGAAAAGGUUUACCUGAGUCAUCACAAUAAUAAAAUCCUCAACACAGUAUUCCCUGAAAACCUACAUCAUAAACCAGAUAUCCAAGAAAUUCGCGAUGGAAAUAUUCUUUUCAAAGACGGAUCCGAAGUAUCUGCUGAUACCAUUAUAUACUGCACAGGAUAUUUAAUCAAAUACCCUUUUCUUGAUGAAAAAUGCAAAAUUAAAGUGGAAAAUAAUGUGAUAAAACCUCUUUACAAACGAAUGAUCAAUAUCGAAUACCCUACUAUGGGUUUUAUCGGCGCUUUAAGGGAUAGUCCCAAUUUCGACUUAUUUGAUUUACAAGCUCGUUGUUUCUUGAAUAUCCUCAAAGGAGUUGCAGUACUGCCCAGCACACAAGAUAUGCUUUCUGAAACAGAACGAGAAUUCAAUGAACACAUGAAAAGAACCAAUAACGAGAAAUCUUUUCUCAGCAUAAAAGGACAUUUCGCUAAAAUUUAUUUCGACGAGUUAUCGCGUCUUGGAAAAUUACCAUUUACAAAACCAGUAUUAUUCGAUAUCUAUAGCUCUGGGCAAGAUAGUCGAGCUAAAGAUUUCAAAAAUUUCAGGACUAAGGUUUACAGAUUAAUUAAUGAUCGAGAAUAUAUCGUCGAAGAGCAGAAAGUUCAUUAGAUUGGAUAUUGAAAUUUGAACAUUAUUUUCAUAAUUAUAAGGUCAAGUCAACUAAAUAAGAUGUAAGUGUUUGAAAAUCUGAGUUUUCGGAUACUUUAAAAUAUGUAGUACCUAAUUAGGAUGAUAUUGGAAUUCAUUCGAGUAAACAAUAAAAUUGAACCAUUUGAACUUGUAAAUUAUGAAUAAUUACAUAUUAUGCCAAUCGACAACUCAAGACCAAUUUGCAGCGAUCAACUGAUUGGUAAAAUUUUCAAAAUUUGUAUGUUUUCCCAGAAUAUCGUUUUGCGCCUUGAACAUCGAUGUGUAUACAACUUAACACUCAUCCAAAAUAAACACUUUUUCAAAUAA